AUGGAGACUGGAGACAGGAAGUUCACCUUGUGGGCAAGCUCCGCCCCCCCGCUAUCUGAGCUGCAGCCCUCUCCUCACAGUGUCCAUGGAGUUUACUGCAGUCCAGCCGAUGGGAACCCACUUCUGCUGACCGCCGGCUCAGACAUGAGGAUCAGGUUCUGGGACCUAGCUUACCCUGAGCGCUCGUACAUUGUUGCUGGAGGAGCUCACGACUCUCUCCACUGUCCGUCUGUGAUGUACAACCGCAAGAUCAUCGAGGGGACUGAGGUGGUCCAGGAGAUCCAUUCGAAGCAGAAGAGUGGGUGUGUGGAGGACGGGCCCCGCAGAGGGCCUGAUGCCCUCCCAGUGGGACACCACGACAUCAUCACUGACAUCGCCACCUUCCAGACCACACAGGGCUUCAUCGUCACGGCCUCCAGGGACGGCAUCGUCAAGAACCAGUCAGAACCAUCUCAGUCACUAUCUCGGUGCGAGUCAGAACCAGUCAGAACCAUCUCAGUCACUAUCUCGGUCACUAUCUCGGUGCGAGUCAGAACCAUCUCAGUCACUAUCUCGGUGCGAGUCAGAACCAUCUCAGUCACUAUCUCGGUGCGAGUCAGAACCAGUCAGAACCAUCUCAGUCACAAUCUCGGUGCGAGUCAGAACCAUCUCAGUCACUUUCUCAGUGCGUCAGAACCAUCUCAGUCACUAUCUCGGUGCGAGUCAGAACCAUCUCAGUCACUUUCUCAGUGCGAGUCAGAACCAGUCAGAACCAUCUCAGUCACUAUCUCGGUGCGAGUCAGAACCAGUCAGAACCAUCUCAGUCACUAUCUCGGUCACUAUCUCGGUGCGAGUCAGAACCAUCUCAGUCUCUAUCUCGGUGCGAGUCAGAAUCAGUCAGAACUAUCUCAGUCACUAUCUCGGUGCGAGUCAGAACCAGUCAGAACCAUCUCAGUCACUAUCUCGGUGCGAGUCAGAACCAUCUCAGUCACUAUCUCGGUGCGAGUCAGAACCAUCUCAGUCACUAUCUCGGUGCGAGUCAGAACCAUCUCAGUCACUAUCUCGGUGCGAGUCAGAACCAGUCAGAACCAUCUCAGUCACUAUCUCAGUGCGAGUCAGAACCAUCUCAGUCACUAUCUCGGUGCGAGUCAGAACCAGUCAGAACCGUCUCAGUCACUAUCUCGGUGCGAGUCAGAACCAUCUCAGUCACUAUCUCAGUGCGAGUCAGAACCAUCUCAGUCACUAUCUCAGUGCGAGUCAGAACCAGUCAGAACCAUCUCAGUCACUAUCUCGGUGCGAGUCAGAACCAUCUCAGUCACUAUCUCGGUGCGAGUCAGAACCAUCUCAGUCACUAUCUAUCUCAGUGCGAGUCAGAACCAUCUCAGUCACUAUCUCGGUGCGAGUCAGAACAGUCAGAACCAUCUCAGUCACUAUAUCGGUGCGAGUCAGAACCAUCUCUCAGUCACUAUCUCGGUGCGAGAACCAUCUCAUCUCAGUCUAUAUCUCGAACCAGUCAGAACCAUCUCAGUCACUAUAUCGGUGCGAGUCAGAACCAUCUCAGUCACUAUCUCGGUGCGAGUCAGAACCAUCUCAGUCACUAUCUCGGUGCGAGUCAGAACCACCAGUCAGAACCAUCUCAGUCACUAUUUUGGUGCGAGUCAGAACCAUCUCAGUCACUAUCUCGGUGCGAGUCAGAACCAGUCAGAACCAUCUCAGUCACUAUCUCGGUGCGAGUCAGAACCAGUAAGAACCAUCUCAGUCACUAUCUCGGUGCGAGUCAGAACCAGUCAGAACCAUCUCAGUCACUUUCUCGGUGCGAGUCAGAACCAGUCAGAACCAUCUCAGUCACUAUCUCAGUGCGAGUCAGAACCAUCUCAGUCACUAUCUCGGUGCGAGUCAGAACCAGUCAGAACCAUCUCAGUCACUAUCUCAGUGCAAGUCAGAACCAUCUCAGUCACUAUCUCGGUGCGAGUCAGAACCAGUCAGAACCAUCUCAGUCACUAUCUCGGUGCGAGUCAGAACCAUCUCAGUCACUAUCUCGGUGCGAGUCAGAACCAUCUCAGUCACUAUCUCGGUGCGAGUCAGAACCAGUCAGAACCAUCUCAGUCACUAUCUCGGUGCGAGUCAGAACCAUUUCAGUCACUAUCUCAGUGCGAGUCAGAACCAGUCAGAACCAUCUCAGUCACUAUCUCAGUGCGAGUCAGAACCAGUCAGAACCAUCUCAGUCACUAUCUCGGUGCGAGUCAGAACCAUUUCAGUCACUAUCUCAGUGCGAGUCAGAACCAGUCAGAACCAUCUCAGUCACUAUCUCGGUGCGAGUCAGAACCAGUCAGAACCAUCUCAGUCACUAUCUCGGUGCGAGUCAGAACCAGUCAGAACCAUCUCAGUCACUAUCUCAGUGCGAGUCAGAACCAUCUCAGUCACUAUCUCGGUGCGAGUCAGAACCAUCUCAGUCACUAUCUCGGUGCGAGUCAGAACCAGUCAGAACCAUCUCAGUCACUAUCUCGGUGCGAGUCAGAACCAUUUCAGUCACUAUCUCAGUGCGAGUCAGAACCAGUCAGAACCAUCUCAGUCACUAUCUCAGUGCGAGUCAGAACCAGUCAGAACCAUCUCAGUCACUAUCUCGGUGCGAGUCAGAACCAUUUCAGUCACUAUCUCAGUGCGAGUCAGAACCAGUCAGAACCAUCUCAGUCACUAUCUCGGUGCGAGUCAGAACCAGUCAGAACCAUCUCAGUCACUAUCUCGGUGCGAGUCAGAACCAGUCAGAACCAUCUCAGUCACUAUCUCAGUGCGAGUCAGAACCAUCUCAGUCACUUUCUCGGUGCGAGUCAGAACCAGUCAGAACCAUCUCAGUCACUAUCUCGGUGCGAGUCAGAACCAUCUCAGUCACUAUCUCAGUACGAGUCAGAACCAGUCAGAACCAUCUCAGUCACUAUCUCGGUGCGAGUCAGAACCAGUCAGAGCCAUCUCAGUCACUAUCUCGGUGCGAGUCAGAACCAUCUCAGUCACUAUCUCGGUGCGAGUCAGAACCAGUCAGAACCAUCUCAGUCACUAUCUCGGUGCGAGUCAGAACCAUCUCAGUCACUAUCUCGGUGCGAGUCAGAACUAGUCAGAGCCAUCUCAGUCACUAUCUCGGUCACUAUCUCAGUGCUAGUCAGAACCAUCUCAGUCACUAUCUCAGUGCGAGUCAGAACCAGUCAGAACCAUCUCAGUCACUUUCUCGGUGCGAGUCAGAACCAGUCAGAACCAUCUCAGUCACUAUCUCGGUGCGAGUCCGAACCAGUCAGAACCAUCUCAGUCACUAUCUCAGUGCGAGUCAGAACCAUCUCAGUCACUUUCUCGGUGCGAGUCAGAACCAGUCAGAACCAUCUCAGUCACUAUCUCGGUGCGAGUCAGAACCAUCUCAGUCACUAUCUCAGUGCGAGUCAGAACCAGUCAGAACCAUCUCAGUCACUAUCUCGGUGCGAGUCAGAACCAGUCAGAGCCAUCUCAGUCACUAUCUCGGUGCGAGUCAGAACCAUCUCAGUCACUAUCUCAGUGCGAGUCAGAACCAGUCAGAACCAUCUCAGUCACUAUCUUGGUGCGAGACAGAACCAUCUCAGUCACUAUCUUGGUGCGAGUCAGAACGAUCUCAGUCACUUUCUCGGUGCGAGUCAGAACCAGUCAGAACCAUCUCAGUCACUUUCUCGGUGCGAGUCAGAACCAGUCAGAACCAUCUCAGUCACUAUCUCGGUGCGAGUCAGAACCAUCUCAGUCACUAUCUCAGUGCGAGUCAGAACCAGUCAGAACCAUCUCAGUCACUUUCUCGGUGCGAGUCAGAACCAGUCAGAACCAUCUCAGUCACUUUCUCGGUGCGAGUCAGAACCAGUCAGAACAAUCUCAGUUACUAUCUCGGUGCGAGUCAGAACCAUCUCAGUCACUAUCUCGGUGCGAGUCAGAACCAGUCAGAACCAUCUCAGUCACUAUCUCGGUGCGAGUCAGAACCAGUCAGAACCAUCUCAGUCACUAUCUCAGUGCGAGUCAGAACCAGUCAGAACUAUCUCAGUCACUAUCUCAGUGCGAGUCAGAACCAGUCAGAACCAUCUCAGUCACUAUCUCAGUGCGAGUCAGAACCAUCUCAGUCACUUUCUCGGUGCGAGUCAGAACCAGUCAGAACCAUCUCAGUCACUUUCUCGGUGCGAGUCAGAACCAUCUCAGUCACUAUCUCAGUGCGAGUCAGAACCAUCUCAGUCACAAUCUCGGUGCGAGUCAGAACCAGUAAGAACCAUCUCAGUCACUUUCUCUGUGCAAGUCAGAACCAUCUCAGUCACUAUCUCAGUGCGAGUCAGAACCAUCUCAGUCACUUUCUCGGUGCGAGUCAGAACCAUCUCAGUCACUAUCUCGGUGCGAGUCAGAACCAUCUCAGUCACUAUCUCGGUGCGAGUCAGAACCAGUCAGAACCAUCUCAGUCACUAUCUCGGUGCGAGUCAGAACCAUCUCAGUCACUAUCUCAGUGCGAGUCAGAACCAUCUCAGUCACUAUCUCAGUGCGAGUCAGAACCAGUCAGAACCAUCUCAGUCACUAUCUCGGUGCGAGUCAGAACCAGUCAGAACCAUCUCAGUCACUUUCUCGGUGCGAGUCAGAACCAGUCAGAACCAUCUCAGUCACUUUCUCGGUGCAAGUCAGAACCAGUCAGAACCAUCUCAGUCACUAUCUCGGUGCGAGUCAGAACCAUCUCAGUCACUAUCUCAGUGCGAGUCAGAACCAGUCAGAACCAUCUCAGUCACUAUCUCAGUGCGAGUCAGAACCAGUCAGAACCAUCUCAGUCACUAUCUCUGUGCGAGUCAGAACCAUCUCAGUCACUUUCUCGGUGCGAGUCAGAACCAGUCAGAACCAUCUCAGUCACUAUCUUGGUGCGAGUCAGAACCAGUCAGAACCAUCUCAGUCACUAUCUCGGUGCGAGUCAGAACCAGUCAGAACCAUCUCAGUCACUUUCUCGGUGCGAGUCAGAACCAGUCAGAACCAUCUCAGUCACUUUCUCGGUGCGAGUCAGAACCAGCCAGAACCAUCUCAGUCACUAUCUCGGUGCGAGUCAGAACCAUCUCAGUCACUAUCUCAGUGCGAGUCAGAACCAGUCAGAACCAUCUCAGUCACUAUCUCAGUGCGAGUCAGAACCAGUCAGAACUAUCUCAGUCACUAUCUCUGUGCGAGUCAGAACCAUCUCAGUCACUUUCUCGGUGCGAGUCAGAACCAGUCAGAACCAUCUCAGUCACUAUCUCGGUGCGAGUCAGAACCAUCUCAGUCACUAUCUCGGUGCGAGUCAGAACCAGUCAGAACCAUCUCAGUCACUAUCUUGGUGUGAGUCAGAACCAGUCAGAACCAUCUCAGUCACUAUCUCGGUGCGAGUCAGACCCAGUCAGAACCAUCUCAGUCACUAUCUCAGUGCGAGUCAGAACCAUCUCAGUCACUAUCUCGGUGCGAGUCAGAACCAGUCAGCCCCAUCUCAGUCACUAUCUCGGUGCGAGUCAGAACCAUCUCAGUCACUAUCUCAGUGCGAGUCAGAACCAUCUCAGUCACUAUCUCAGUGCGAGUCAGAACCAGUCAGAACCAUCUCAGUCACUAUCUCACGGUGCGAGUCAGAACCAGUCAGAACACCAUCUCGCAGUCAGACUUCUCAGUCGGUGCGAGUCAGAACCAGUCAACCUCAUCACUCUCAGUCACUAUCUCGUGCAGUCAGAACCAUCAGAACCAUCUCAGUCACUUCUCGGUGCGAGUCAGAACCAUCAGAACCUCUCAGUCAGAACCAACAUCUCAGUCACUUCUCGGUGCAAGUCAGAACCAGUCAGAACCAUCUCAGUCACUAUCUCGGUGCGAGUCAGAACCAUCUCAGUCACUAUCUCAGUGCGAGUCAGAACCAGUCAGAACCAUCUCAGUCACUAUCUCAGUGCGAGUCAGAACCAGUCAGAACCAUCUCAGUCACUAUCUCUGUGCGAGUCAGAACCAUCUCAGUCACUUUCUCGGUGCGAGUCAGAACCAGUCAGAACCAUCUCAGUCACUAUCUUGGUGCGAGUCAGAACCAGUCAGAACCAUCUCAGUCACUAUCUCGGUGCGAGUCAGAACCAGUCAGAACCAUCUCAGUCACUUUCUCGGUGCGAGUCAGAACCAGUCAGAACCAUCUCAGUCACUUUCUCGGUGCGAGUCAGAACCAGCCAGAACCAUCUCAGUCACUAUCUCGGUGCGAGUCAGAACCAUCUCAGUCACUAUCUCAGUGCGAGUCAGAACCAGUCAGAACCAUCUCAGUCACUAUCUCAGUGCGAGUCAGAACCAGUCAGAACUAUCUCAGUCACUAUCUCUGUGCGAGUCAGAACCAUCUCAGUCACUUUCUCGGUGCGAGUCAGAACCAGUCAGAAUCAUCUCAGUCACUAUCUCGGUGCGAGUCAGAACCAUCUCAGUCACUAUCUCGGUGCGAGUCAGAACCAGUCAGAACCAUCUCAGUCACUAUCUUGGUGUGAGUCAGAACCAGUCAGAACCAUCUCAGUCACUAUCUCGGUGCGAGUCAGACCCAGUCAGAACCAUCUCAGUCACUAUCUCAGUGCGAGUCAGAACCAUCUCAGUCACUUUCUCGGUGCGAGUCAGAACUAUCUCAGUCACUAUCUCGGUGCGAGUCAGAACCAGUCAGAACCAUCUCAGUCACUAUCUCAGUGCGAGUCAGAACCAGUCAGAACCAUCUCAGUCACUAUCUCGGUGCGAGUCAGAACCAUCUCAGUCACUUUCUCGGUGCGAGUCAGAACCAGUCAGAACCAUCUCAGUCACUAUCUCGGUGCGAGUCAGAACCAUCUCAGUCACUAUCUCGGUGCGAGUCAGAACCAGUCAGAACCAUCUCAGUCACUAUCUCAGUGCGAGUCAGAACCAUCUCAGUCACUUUCUCUGUGCGAGUCAGAACCAUCUCAGUCACUAUCUCGGUGCGAGUCAGAACCAGUCAGAACCAUCUCAGUCACUAUCUCAGUGCGAGUCAGAACCAGUCAGAACCAUCUCAGUCACUAUCUCGGUGCGAGUCAGAACCAUCUCAGUCACUUUCUCGGUGCGAGUCAGAACCAGUCAGAACCAUCUCAGUCACUAUCUCGGUGCGAGUCAGAACCAUCUCAGUCACUAUCUCGGUGCGAGUCAGAACCAUCUCAGUCACUAUCUCGAACCAGUCAGAACCAUCUCAGUCACUAUCUCGGUGCGAGUCAGAACCAUCUCAGUCACUAUCUCGGUGCGAGUCAGAACCAGUCAGAACCAUCUCAGUCACUAUCUCGGUGCGAGUCAGAACCAGUCAGAACCAUCUCAGUCACUAUCUCGGUGCAAGUCAGAACCAGUCAGAACCAUCUCAGUCACUAUCUCGGUGCGAGUCAGAACCAUCUCAGUCACUAUCUCGGUGCGAGUCAGAACUAUCUCAGUCACUACCUCAGUGUGUGUCAGAACCAGUCAGAACCAUCUCAGUCACUGUCUCGGUGCGAGUCAGAACCAGUCAGAACCAUCUCAGUCACUAUCUCGGUGCGAGUCAGAACCAUCUCAGUCACUAUCUCGGUGCGAGUCAGAACCAUCUCAGUCACUAUCUCGGUGCGAGUCAGAACCAGUCAGAACCAUCUCAGUCACUUUCUCGGUGCGAGUCAGAACCAGUCAGAACCAUCUCAGUCACUAUCUCGGUGCGAGUCAGAACCAGUCAGAACCAUCUCAGUCACUAUCUCGGUACGAGUCAGAACCAUCUCGGUCACUAUCUCGGUGCGAGUCAGAACCAUCUCAGUCUCUUUCUCGUUGCGAGUCAGAACCAUCUCAGUCACUAUCUCAGUGCGAGUCAGAACCCGUCAGAACCAUCUCAGUCACUAUCUGGGUGCGAGUCAGAACCAUCUCAGUCACUAUCUCGGUGCGAAUCAGAACCAUCUCAGUCACUAUCUCAGUGCGAGUCAGAACCAUCUCAGUCACUAUCUCGGUGCGAGUCAGAACCAGUCAGAACCAUCUCAGUCACUUUCUCGGUGCGAGUCAGAACCAGUCAGAACCAUCUCAGUCACUAUCUCGGUGCGAGUCAGAACCAGUCAGAACCAUCUCAGUCACUAUCUCUGUGCGAGUCAGAACCAUCUCAGUCACUAUCUCAGUGCGAGUCAGAACCAGUCAGAACCAUCUCAGUCACUAUCUUGGUGCGAGUCAGAACCAGUCAGAACCAUCUCAGUCACUAUCUCAGUGCGAGUCAGAACCAGUCAGAACCAUCUCAGUCACUAUCUCGGUGCGAGUCAGAACUAA